AUGCCCAACUCCGACGCCAACGCCGAGGAGGCCCUGGCGGCCAUGGGCUACAGGAGCGAGUUGCCCAGAAACCUCAGCAUGCUCAGUGUCCUUGGCCUGUCAUUUGCCAUCAUGGCCGCUCCAUAUGGUCUCUCCACAACACUGUACAUUACCCUAAGCGACGGCCUCUCUGUCACCAUUAUCUGGGGUUGGGUUUUCGUCACACUCAUCUCCAUCGCCAUCGCUGCCUCCCUCGCCGAGAUCUGCGCCGUCUAUCCCACGGCUGGUGGUGUGUACUACUGGAGUGCCAUGCUAUCGACACGACGCUGGGCGCCGUUAAUGUCCUUUAUUGACGGGUGGUUGACGCUCGUGGGUAACUGGACCGUUACACUCAGCAUUAUUUUCGGAGGCGGACAGAUGAUUCUCAGCGCAAUCAGUCUCUGGAACGAAGACUUUGUCGCAAAUGAAUGGCAGACCGUGCUUAUGUUCUGGGCUGUGCUGCUGGUCUGCGUGUUGGUCAAUAUCUUCUUUUCGUGCUAUCUCGACCUAAUCAAUAAAAUCUGCAUCUUCUGGACCGCAGCCAGUGUCGUCAUUAUCCUCGUCACCCUUUUGAGUAUGGCCGAUAACCUGCAGAGCGGUAGGUUUGUUUUCGCCGAAUAUGACGCGUCGAACAGUGGGUGGCCGGAAGGCUGGGCCUUCUUCGUGGGUUUGCUGCAGGCGGCGUAUACACUCACGGGGUACGGCAUGGUGGCCGCAAUGUGUGAGGAAGUCCAGAACCCACACCGCGAAGUUCCCAAGGCCAUUGUACUAUCUGUCAUCGCGGCUGGAAUUACCGGUCUGGUCUACCUGAUUCCAGUCCUGUUCGUGAUGCCAGAGCAGCUGGAUAUUCUGCGCAAUGUUGCCAGCGGACAGCCCAUUGGGACUGUUUUCAAGAUGGCAACGGGCUCCGCGGGCGGUGGCUUUGGUCUGCUGUUCCUGAUCCUGGGAAUCAUGAUAUUCGCGGGUAUCGGGUCAUUAACAGCUGCUAGUCGAUGCACGUAUGCCUUUGCGCGUGAUGGUGCUAUCCCGGGGUUCAAGUUAUGGCGCCGGGUGAAUAAGAAACUGGAUGUCCCUGUCUGGGCUAUUAUUCUGUCUGCUUCUGUUGAUGCGCUACUGGGCCUGAUUUAUUUUGGUUCCACGGCGGCUUUUAACUCCUUUACUGGCGUUGCUACGAUCUGCCUAUCUAUAUCGUAUGGCUUGCCUAUCUUGAUAUCCCUCCUCCGAGGCCGCCAGGAUGUCAAACGCUCUUCCUUCUCCCUGGGUCCGUUCGGAUAUACUAUCAAUGUGAUCAGCAUCUGCUGGAUCCUCUUGGCCGUGGUGCUGUUCAGCAUGCCGUAUACGUUGCCCGUGACCCCUUCAUCCAUGAACUAUGCCAGUGUGGUGUUCGCCGCGUUUGCGUUGAUCAGUAUCGCUUGGUACUUCGUCUACGCCCGCAAGCACUUCACUGGUCCCCCGGUGAGCAAGGAGGAAGCGGUUCCAACCACGGGCGUUCUGACGGCCUCUGCAGUGGAUCCGGAGUACGAGCUGUCGGAGACAGAGUUGAAGAAGGCAUCUAUGUAG